GUCGUCAUACCAAGUCUUCAUACAACCCCGGAUGGAUGUAUAUUAUAGAUCGAUUCUAUCGAUUAAACUACCACAAUUAUCCACUAAGAUAGAAGAUAAUGUAGCAGCAACUGUUUCAGGUUGGGGUUAUCAAAGUUCAGGGGAUCAUUUACUAUCGUCGGAACUGAAAUAUGCCAUCGUUUAUACGGUUAAUCAACAGAAAUGUCAUGAAAGUUUAUAUUCUCAUGGCGGUAUAACAAAUGCCAUGUUCUGUGCUGCUGCCCGUAAUACGGAUGGCUGUCAAGGAGACAGUGGUGGACCCAUUACAAUAAAUGGUAUACUCGUGGGAAUGGUGUCAUGGGGAGUUGGUUGUGCCGAUCCAUAUUAUCUUGGAGUUUAUACCCGCUUAGCCUAUGCACCAAUACGUUUCUGGAUCAAGUUAUUAACUAAAUUGUAAUACAUUUAUGUUUGUUGAAAUAUUUGUACAGUUUAAGAAAUAUACCAAAUGAAAAACAAGUAAUAAAUUAUAGUCGGGCGAGGCCGACCAUAUAAUACCCUACACCUUUGACAAAAAUAUAAUGUGAUUUAUUUGCCAUAAUAAAGCAUUUAAAUUGAAUUGUACCUUGCCUCAGAUAUACA